AAAAACAAGCCAAACGAGAAGCCAAAGCUCAGAAAGCCAAAGCUAUUCAAGAAGAACUAAUGCAAAGGUCCCAGCCUAAAAGAACUGACAAGGAUUUAAUUGACGAACAAGUUAGGAGAAUAGAGGAGGAACGGAAGCUCGAAAGAGAGCGGAUAGCCGAAGAGAACAGAAAGAAAGAGGAAAGUGAUAGGGCUAGCAUUGCCAAAGCACUGGACCAAAUUGAAAACCAACGGUUGAAAGAUCAAGAAUUGAUAGCUAAAGAAUUAGCCAGACGAGCCGAGGAACGGAGAAUACAAGAGCAGAGAGUUAUGGAGGUAAUAGAACGUGAGAGGCAGGAAGAUGAAAAAAGAGCCAAAGAAGAAGCCAUUAGGUUGGCCGAACAACGACGAAGAGACGCAGAAGUAAUUGCUAGAGAAAUGAAGAGAUUAGAGGAAGAAAGAAGAGCAAUGGAAGCCAUGGCUCUAGAACGUGAUAGGAUAGCACGGGAAGAUGAGGAAUACCAAAGUCAGAGUGUAGGCCUAGAUGAUCGGCAUUUGCAGGAGGUACCCGUUGCUAAAGAAAUAAUUGUAACUCAAACUAAGAGGAAUGUGGUUGCAGCACAGGCUGAUGGUUCAGGUGAGAGUCAAGUAAGAAACGGUUUAAACGAAGCAGAUGCUCGGAAGAUAGCGGAACAAAUCCAAAUUGCAGGUGCUAUUCAGCAGAGAAAGUUACUGGAUAAGAGCAUGGAAGAAAAGGCUCUAGAAAUGGAUCGGAAAAACAGAGAAUUGAUUAAAAAGCAAUUAGGGGAGCAAAAAUCUUUGAUCGAUAACGAAAAGAAAUUUAAACAGCAAACAGCUGAUAGUAAGAGAAUUGCAGAUGAAAUAGCAAUCGCAAACGCCAGGAAAGAGAAAGAACUAUUGAAUAAGAGUAUGGAGGAACAAGCUUUGGAAUUUGAUCGUAGGAAUAAGUUACUCCUGAGGCAAAAUCAAGAGUCAUCUCAAUAUCUUGAGGGAAAAGAAAAAUCUUCUCAACAAAAAGCAGCUGACGAUGAACGAAUCGCUGAUGAAAUGAAGAUAGCUGAAGCACGCAGGCAAAAGGAACUGCUGAACCGAAGCAUGGAAGAACAAGCUAUUGAAAAUGACCGGAAAAGACGGGAAAUCUUUCGGAAACGAGAAACUGUCGAAGACGAUAUCGAGAAAGCUAAAGCUGAUGAGAAGAUUAUUGCUGAAGCUAAGAAAGAGAGAGAAAUUUUGAAUAAGAGCAUGGAAGAACAGGCUUUGGAAAAUGAUCGAAAGAGAAGAGAAACGUCAAAUAAAACCUCUCAAGGUUCUGCACCUAGAUCAAAUGGAGUCGAACCUGUUUCGGAUAGUAAGAGAAUUCAGGAUGCCCUCCUAAUUGCUGAAGCUAAAAAGCAGAAAGACUUGUUAAAUCAGAGCAUGGAAGAACAAGCUCUCGAAGCUGAUCGGAAGAAUCGCGAUGCGCUGAAAAAGAAGCAGUUAGGCGAGAAUCAGAUGAUUGAAGAAGAAAAACGUCGCAAGCAGAAAGAAGCUGAUGACAAAAGAAUUGCCGAUGAAAUCAAAAUUGCUGAGGCAAGAAAAGAAAAAGAACUCUUGAAUAAGAGCAUGGAGGAACAAGCUCUUGAAUUUGAUCGCCGAAAUAGAGAUAUUCUCAAACAGAAACAAGACACGGAGACGGUUCUGAUUGAAAGAGAAAAAUCCACAAAACAGAAAGAUGGUGACGACCAACGUAUCGCUGAUGAAAUAAAGAUAACUGAAGCACGCAGGCAGAAGGAACUGCUAAACCGAAGCAUGGAAGAACAAGCUAUUGAAAAUGACAGGAAGAGAAGGGAAAUCUCUCAGAAACAAGAAGUUGCCAAGGAUGAUGUUGAAAAAGCUAGAGCUGAUCAGAGGAUUAUUGCUGAGGCUAAGAGAGAGAAAGAACUCCUGAAUAAGAGCAUGGAAGAAAAGGCUUUGGAAAAUGAUCGUAUGAGAAGCGAAACCUCAAAGAAAACCCCACUAGACUCUCCGCCUACACCAGGUGGAGUUGAACCUGAUUCGGACAGUAAGAAAAUUCAAGAUGCUCUGCUGAUUACUGAAGCCAAAAAACAGAAAGACUUGUUAAAUCAGAGCAUGGAAGAACAAGUGCUCGAAGCUGAUCGUAAGAAUCGCGAAGCGAUGAAAAAGAAACUGAUUGGCGAGAAUCAGUUGAUUGAAGAAGAAAAGCAACGCAAACAGAAAGCAGCUGAUGACAAAAGAAUUGCCGAUGAAAUUAAAAUUGCUGAGGCAAAAAAAGAGAAAGAACUCAUGAAUAGGAGCAUGGAAGAGCAAGCUCUUGAAUUUGAUCGUCGAAAUAAAGAUAUUCUCAAACAGAAACAGGACUUGGAGCAGGAUCUAAUUAAACAAGAAAAGUGGGCUCAACAGAAGUGUGAUGAUGACCAACGUAUCGCCGAUGAAAUGAAGAUAGCUGAAGCACGCAGGCAUAAGGAACUGCUAAAUCAAAGCAUGGAAGAACAAGCUAUUGAAAAUGACAGAAAAAAGACAGCAAAUGUUAAAGCACCUGAGAUAGCAAGUGAUGGGUUCAAUAAAGCACGGAAUCUUGAAAAAGUAACAGAUGAGUCUAAAAGACAGAGAGACCAUUUGAAACAGAGUGUGGAAGAACAGACCGAGAAAAAUGAUCAAGAAGGUAAAGAAACUCCCAGUAAAAUACCGCUAGACUCGGUUCCUAGAUCGGAUAAAGUUGAUUCUGCUUCUGAUGCUGAUAAAAUUUUAUCUGAAUUAAGAAUUGCCGAAGCAAAUAAACAGAAAGUUUUGUCGAAUCAAAGUUUGGAAGAACAAGUGCUCAAAGUUGACCGUUUGCAACGGGAAGCUCUGGAAAGGAAGCGGGAAGAAGAGAAGAAGGCCAUUGAAGAGGAAAAGAAACGCAAUCAGGUCGAAUCUGAUAAUAGGAAAAUAAUGGAGGAAUUGCAGAAAGCUGAAGCAGAGAAGGAACGCAAACAGGCGAACCAGAGUCUUGAAGAAAAAAUUCUCCAAAUUGAUCGAAUGAAUAGAGAUCUUCUCCAGAAGAAACAAGCAGCUGAGAAAGACGCUGCUGUAGAAAGAAGUGUGCAUGAACUGAAAGAAGACGAAAACCCUUUUUAUGCUGCUGAUGUUGAAUCGCCUGAAAUUACCCAGCAACGAGAAUGUCUCGAUCAAAGUAAGGAAGAACAUGUUUUAGGAAUGGAAGAGAUAGUCAAGGAAAGUGCUUCAAAACUAGGACAGGAAUUAGAACCACCUGAAAUAGAAGAUUUAAAACAGACUCGCCAGUCGGAAGUUCUCGAAGAAACCACUGUUGGAAUGUCCGAAGCGAACAUUCGUUCCGUGGGAAGUGAGGAAAAACCAGCAAUUGGGGAGGAAGAAAUAGAAUUCACAGAUGAAACGGAGUCAAAGCGCAAUGCUUCUCUUCUGCCUGUAACAAGUGAAGAAGUUCCUAAUUAUGUUGGCCCAAUAGGUCCUCCCUUCAUGUUGAACGAUGAAGCAGAUUCAGGAGAAACUCAACACGAGUUGGAACCCUGCUUUACUGGAGAAAAGGAUGAAGCUGCUUCGGUUGUAGAAUCAGAAAUACAAACUUCCUCGGCUAUCAACAAGACAGAAAAUACUCCAGUAUCCAUCCCAAAUUCGAAACAUCUGGCUUCUGAUGACGCAGAAGCUGGCCAAGCAACCGAGAAAGUGCCUAACUCUAAUCUCGCAAUGGUAGACACAAGAAAUGAUAACCGGAAAAUAGAAGAUGAGCUUAAGCAAACAGAAACUAGAAAACAAAAAGAACUUUUGAACUAUAUGUUAGAAGAACAAGCCCUUGAAAUAGAUAGAAAGAAUCGAGAAAUUUUAAAAGAUGAGGAGGAGAAUACACAACGACUUGCUAACGCUGAACGAGAGCGUGCCCAGACGGAAGCUGACAAAUUAAAAAUACGUGAAGAAAUGAAAAUCGCUUCAGAGAAAAAAGAAAGAGAACUCUUGAAUAAGAGCAUGGAAGAGCAAGCUCUAGAAUUUGAUCGUAGGAAUAAAGAUAUUCUGAAGCAGAAAGAGGACUUAGAGAAGGUUCUGAUUGAAAAAGAAAAAUUGGCGAAACAGAAGCGUGAUGAUGACCAACGAAUAGCUGACGAAAUGAAGAUAGCUGAAGCACACAGGCAGAAGGAAUUGCUAAACAAAAGCAUGGAGGAACAAGCUAUUGAAAAUGACAGGAAAAGCAAGGCGAUCACUCGAAAAGAAGAAAUUGUAAAGGAUGAUAUCGAGAAAGCUAAAGCUGAUGAGAAGAUUAUUGCUGAGGCUAAGAAAGAGAGAGAACUUUUAAAUAAAAGCAUGGAAGAAAAGGCUCUAGAAAAUGACCGAAAGAGAACAGAAACGUCAAAGAAAACCUCCCAUGAUUCUGCGUCUGGAUCAGAUGGAUUGGAACCUGUUUCAGACAGUAAGAGAAUUCAGGAUGCCCUCCUGAUUGCUGAAGCUAAAAAACAGAAAGACUUGUUAAAUCAGAGCAUGGAAGAACAAGUGCUGGAAGCUGAUCGGAAGAAUCGCGAAGCGCUUAAAAAGAAGCAGCUAGGCGAGAAUCAGAUGAUUGACGAAGAAAAACGUUGCAAGCAGAAAGAAGCUGAUGACAAAAGAAUUGCCGAUGAAAUUAGAAUUGCUGAGGCAAAGAAAGAAAAAGAACUCCUGAAUAAGAGCAUGGAGGAACAAGCUCUUGAAUUUGAUCGUCGAAAUAGAGGUAUUCUCAAACAGAAACAGGACUUGGAGAAGGUUCUGAUUGAACAAGAAAUGGCGAAUAAACAGAAAGAUGGUGAUGACCAACGUAUCGCUGAUGAAAUGAAGAUAACUGAAGCACGUAAGCAGAAGGAAUUGCUUAACAAAAGCAUGGAGGAGCAAGCCAUUGAGAAUGACCGGAGAAAACGCGGACAUGGAUUGAAUAGGUCCGAUCAACCGAAUUCAAAUGAAAAGUACAAGCAAGAACCGUCAAUCAAGAAUGGAUUAGAUGUGAAUGUAGAGUCUCAAACCAGAGUAAAAAUUAUCGAAGAAAUGAAAAAACCUAAAAAUUUAGGUGAACGUUUACUUGGGGAAGCUAAUGAAGGAACGGGAACCAUUACAGAAACUAUUGAUACAAGUUCGACUACACAUGGAAGUAAAUCUUCUGAAAUAUUUGAUCGGUCGGUGGAAAUGAGGAGCAGCGACGACGAAAAAAUUAAUUUAGAACUCAUGAAAAUCGAAGAAAUGAAAAGAGUUGCUGACGAGAAAAGAGCUCUCGAGGAAGAAGCCAUUAAAGCUUCUAAACUCGCUCAAGAGGCCGAAAAAGAGAUGAUCGAAAAAGCUCGUGUUGAAGAAGCCAAUCGGAAAGCGGAACAGCAGAGACGUAUCGACGAAGCUAUCAUACGCGAAGCUGCUGCUAAAGCUGACCAAGAAAAGAAACUUGCUGAUGAAAAGAGAAUCCUGACUGAGAAAGUUCUUGAAGAAGACAGGAAAAGAAAACAGAAAGAAUCUGAAGAAGCUGAACGUGAGAAGAAUCUCGUUGCCAGCAAGAAGGAGGAAACUGUUGCGCUUCAAAAAGCUUUGGAAGAUCGCGAUGAUAAAAUAGCUGCUGCAGUAGAAGAGAUGAUUAUUGCUCAGGAAUUUGCUGACUUUGAAAGUGCUUUGGAUGAAAGAACGGAAGGACAAGCUGUCAAACAAAGCCAGAAGAAGGUAUCUUUCCAGCCCGAUGUUCACGAAAUCCAGGAGGCCUUCGAACCGGAAAUUAUCGUGAAAAAGGUGUCUAAGACCGGUAAGAGCGUCACUGAGCCUGCCCAGAACGUCGGAGAUGACAUGGAAAUUAUUGCCAAAGAAUUAAGAACUUCAGAAGAUGAUAAAAAGUGUAAGGCUGAAAGUAAAGAAAUUGAGGAACUGGCUGUCGCUGCAGGCAAUAAACAGAAAGAUGAGGCGAAUCGUAUUACAGAAGAGGAAAUUGAGAGGGACAAUGAAAGGCAAGCUGUGGAAAGAAGACAGCGAGAUAAUAUGCUUGUUAUGGAAGAAAUGCAGAAAGCUGAGGAGAAGAAGAUAGAACUGGAAAAUAGAAAGGCCCUCGAAGAAAGAGUUUUAGCGGAAGAUCGCAAAUUACAGGAAAAGAAGAAACGAGAGCAGGCUGAACGCAAACAACUUGAAGAUGAAAGAAAGGCACUUGAAAAGGCAAAGGCUGAUGAACUUUUAAUUAAUGAAGAGCUUCGUAAAGCGGCUGAAAGGAAAAAGGAAUCAGAUGAAAAGGCUGCGUUGUUGGAAAAAGUAAUGGCUGAAGAACAGAAGCAGAAAGAACUAGCAAAGCAAAAGAAGAAAGAAGAGCCACCCAAGCCCAAACCUCGUCGUCCGAAAUCACCUGAAGGUGCAUCGCCUGAAGAGGAUAUGGAGCUAUUCGAGCAGUUCCUGGUGAGCUUCAUGGUGGAUGCCCGUGGGGGAGCCAUGCGGGGGUGCAGGCACUCAGGGGUGCGGGUGAUCAUCCCCCCCCGCAAGGCCGCCUCCCCCAUGAGGAUCACGUGUCGCUACCUCAAGAAGGACAAGCUGGUGCACGCGCCUCCCCUCAUGGAGGGGGAGGCCCUGGCCUCCAGGAUACUCGAGAUGGGGCCUCAAGGGGCCAAGUUCUUGGGCCCCGUGAUCCUGGAGGUGCCACACUUCGCGUCGCUGCGCGGCAAGGAGCGCGAGAUCGUCAUCCUGCGCUCCGACAACGGCGAGACCUGGCGCGAGCACACGCUUGAGGCCACGGAGGACGCCGUCCAGGAGGUCCUCAAUGAGUCCUUCGACGGGGAAGAGCUGAAGCAGCUGGAUGACCUGAACACGAGCCGCAUCACCCGCAUCCUGACCACAGACUUCCCCCAGUACUUCGCUAUCGUCACCCGCAUACGUCAGGAGGUGCACGCCAUAGGCCCCGACGGGGGGAUGGUGUCGUCGACGGUGGUGCCCCAGGUGCAGGCGGUGUUCCCCCAGGGCGCCCUCACCAAGAAGAUCAAAGUCGGGCUCCAGGCGCAGCCCAUCUCGCCCGACCUGGCGGCCAAGUUACUGGGUAACCGCGUGGCCGUGUCACCCAUCGUUACCGUCGAGCCCAGGAGGAGAAAAUUCCAUAAGCCGAUUACCCUCACCCUGCCCGUGCCUCAGGCCGCCAACAAGGGGAUGAUCAACCAGUACUCCGGCGACGCUCCCACGCUGCGUCUGCUCUGCUCCAUCACCGGUGGAACAACCCGCGCCCAGUGGGAGGAUGUCACGGGAUCUACGCCGCUGACAUUCGUGAAUGACUGCGUGUCAUUCACGACCACCGUGUCAGCCAGGUUCUGGCUCAUGGACUGCACGAAUAUUCCUGAGGCCACACGAAUGGCCACCGAACUUUACCGGGAGGCCAUUCAUGUUCCCUUCAUGUCCAAGUUUGUUGUGUUCGCCAAAAGACAUCAGCAAGAAGAAGCGAGGCUGAGAGUCUUUUGCAUGACCGACGACAGAGAAGACAAGACGCUCGAGUGUCAAGAGAAUUUCGCUGAGGUGGCCAAGUCUCGCGACGUUGAGGUGCUAGAAGGCAAGACGCAGUACUUGGAGUUUGCAGGCAAUAUUGUGCCAGUGACCAAGUCUGGCGAUCAACUUUCCUUCAACUUCUACGCCUUUAGGGAGAACAGACUCCCCUUCACUGUCAGAGUCAAGGAUCAGCAUGCUGAACCUGUUGGCAGAGUCGCCUUUAUGAGACAGCCUAAGGUUGGGCGAGGUGAUGCUCCACAAAAUCCUAUUUGUAACCUCAACCUUGAAUUACCCGACACUAUUCUACCCGAGCCGGCCCCAUCCGAACCCGAUCUCCUUUCGCUCGAGAAGAAGUACACUUUUCUCUCUAUAAGUAAGGCGGACACCAUCCACAAGGCGGACUUACGUCUGUCUGACAUCUCGAACAUGCUGAGCGGGGACUGGGUGGCUCUGGCCCGGGGUCUUGAUGUCGGGGACUCUGACAUCAACAUCAUCAAGUCCCAGUACCCAGACAACGAUGCUCAGCAGGCGCUCGUUAUGCUCAGACUCUGGAUGCAGAGCGCAGGCAACAAGGCAACUGGCAACGCUCUGGAGCAAGCUCUGCGCCAGAUCAACAGAGUUGACAUAGUCAACAAAUGUAUCUUCAACGUCGAGCCUGUCACCGACGACAAGGAGCGAGCUGUUGCCAAGGCUCAGAUUGACUCUUCCGUCGUCGCCGACUCGCCCCAACUUGGCCGCCGAAAAGACGACCAUGAUCAUGAGGACGUGGUGCCGGGCAGCGCUGUCGACGACGAUCACAAGCAGACUACGUAUCAGGGGAAAGAACCAGCUUCCGACCUCUCGCCCACGUACGAAAGCGAAGAGAAAAAGUACGCGGCCGAAGAGAAAGUUUUCCCUGCCGAACCAAAAACCGUUCAGUCCGGCAUAUCACAAGACCUAGUGGACGAAUUCCUUAAAGAUACAGAGGGAGAGUUUGAUCAAAAGUUCCAUAAGAUCGUCCACGCUCCGGUUACCGAAAAAGUCCCAGAAGAAUACGCUGGUAAGGAAGUCGUUGAAGAAGAGUUCGUCAAAACUAUCGUGUCCAAAGUCAGAGAAGAACCAGAAGAUGAGACCGUUACCACCACGACGAUUGUUCGAGACGGAGAUGCCAUCACUAAAACUACUGUUACUAAAACCGUAGUUGAGUCUUCAGAUGAACCUUCUUCGUUUCUCAGAGAUUCUGAACAAGUCGUGACGAAGCGAACUUUCGAUGACGGAAGCCAGUCAAUCAUUACGACCAAGACCACAGAACGGAGGUCUUUCAUCGUAGACGACGACGACGCUUCGGCUGUCAAAGAAAAGAUUGUCCUGGAACAGCGAAAAGAUGCACAAAUAUUUGAUGAACAAAUGAAGAAGUUGAGUCCUUCCGAUCCUAGUGCCAAGUCCGACAUGCUCCAAAAACUUGGAGAGGAACUUGGCAAACUUGAUGACCGACUUGAAGAAACUUUCAAGGAGAAAAGAAAAGCUGCACAGCCCGAUGAAGAAGUCGUUGCGGCAGCUGAUCGACACUCAGUUCAGGAAGAUGACUUCAAAGUCUUGCCCCGAAAUCAAGGAGGUGCAGCAGCAACUUUUUAUCAGAUCGUCGACACUCCUCCUGCAUCGCGCAAACUAGCUGAUACCGCACAGUCUGGAGGUCUUGAAGACGUAUCAAUUUCGGAGGCUAGUCCAACAUCAACGAUUCCAUCUGAAGUCGCUGAUUUUGCGCCGAUAUCCAUGGAAAAAUCUGAAGUCGUACCGUUGCUUGUCGAAACUAGUGAAGUCGAACAACCUAUCACCGAAGUUGUUGCUGCUGAGACAGCUGAAGAUGAUCUCAAAGCCACUGAAACUGCACAACAGAUUACCGAAACUGAUGCUUCUGAAACUGCUGAAGAAGAUCUCAAAGCCACUGAAACUGCACAACCUAUUUCAAGUACAAUUGAAACGGAAUCAAAAAUUCCACUCGAAACAAAUACAACACUCGCCACAUCUGAGACCACCGAAGAAACUCCCGACGGAGGCUCUAUUCACACUGUAACCACUACCACUGUAACAUCAACUUCGACCAAUGUUCCCGCUACCGAAGAAAUGUUCGAAAACAUCCCAGACGAGUUCACUCAGACAUCUGAGAAGAUCGCUGACGUGCCUCGAGCUGACAUCGCCACAUCUCUGACUACUGCUGACACUGCUGUUCUGCCUCAUGAUUUGAUCUUCUUUCCUAAGUUUGGCGGCACUAAGUCUUACUUCUAUCGAGGCUUUCUUACUUCUGCAGAAACUGACCGUGCCGAGCACACCUCGCGCGACCAUGAGAAGGCUACAGAAAGCGCAGCUGCUAGAAUACUUGACUUAGAGGCGGCGCGAAGCGCUGAACUGGAUAGUACGCAUGGCAUUGGAAAUGGAAAGAAAAUUACAUCAGUUAAAGAUAGCUCAGUCUACUUGAAGGGAACCACACCACAAGCAGAGACGACUCCCAUACCCCUCAUCACACCUCUCGACGAAAGCUUAGAUGAAGUUUUAACUUCCGACCGAGUUCCUCCUACUUCUAAACUAAAGCCCAAAGCCGUCACUGAAGGAGUGGCAUCUUUGCCCUUGACACAUAGCGAGACGAACCGCCCUGAAGAACAAGAUGAACGCUUAAUCAUGAGAGAUUCUCCCAGAUGGGAAGAAGAAGAAAUAAAAAUUGGCAGAGAUCGUGAAGACAACCGUGUUAUCAAAGCUGAGGUCAAGUUGCUCGUCCACACCACUGAGUCCGGGAAAGAAACUAUAGAAAUUCGCAGUAUUGAAGAGUUUGUUGAAGUACCAGAGAAAUAUCCCGGUGGCUUCGGUGAAAUUAUUUCGUCUACUUCUUCGGGCACCGGAGUUUUAGAUCGGAGUGAGGAAAGGGUGUUCACUUUGCACAGAAUGUCUCCGUGUCGCUCCCCGAGUCCUAGAUUCGUUCGCCCUUCAGGCAUUGAAGAAGGAUCAUAUAUAUCUGAAGCCACUCCUGACGAGUUUAAUCUGAUGUCUCAAAUUAGAGACAUCGAAGGCGCACCUACGAGCGCCACGACCAGUAAGAAGAAAACAAAAAAGAAUGCUGAUAAUUUGAUGUUCUGCAAUCCCUACGCACAACUCCAGGAUGAUUAUACGCACGAGCCCGACUGGGAUGACAGUCUACUGACAGGAAGGCAAGAAAGAGAACAAGUAGGCGAUGACGGGCGCGAGUCUCCAACAUCCGAUUCCGAAGAAGAGGUAGAAGGUGUUGAAGAGGUAGAUGGUGACGAAGAGGUAGAAGGUGUCGAAGAGGUAGAUGGUGUCGAAGAGGUAGAAGGUGUCGAAGAGGUAGAAGGUGUCGAAGAGGUAGAAGGUGUCGAAGAGCUAGAAGGUGUCGAAGAGCUAGAAGGUGUCGAAAGGGUAGAAGGUGACGAAGAGGUAGAAGGUGACGAAAAAGUAGAAGAUGAUGAAGAAAAACAUGAUCAUAGUCUAUCUGAGUGUGUAGAAGAGUCUUUGUCGCAUCAGCUUUCGUCCGACGAGGAUGUAUCCGAAAAUCCAUUUGCACUCGACACCGACGUCGACCUUCAAUCCGAUAACGAUUUUGUUGUGAUAGAAAACGCGGCAGCUAUUGACGUAGGAGAUGAAGAUAUUGUUGUUGUGAAUCCCGCAGCUGUUUCGGUUGAAGAAGAUCCUGCUUUGGUAGAAAAAAACACGGCUGAUUUCGGGCUUGAAACUGACGCUUCGCUAGUAGAACACGCGCAUGAUUUCAUUGUAGAAUACGAUGACGACUCAGAAGGAACUGCCGAUGAUGAAAGAAAUGUACAGAGGAUUGUACAUUUCGCGGAUAAUGUUGCUGAAAUACCGGCUGUUUCCGUGUCUGAUGAUUGCGACUACAGUUACCAUUCUGAUGAUGAUGAUGAUGAUGAGGAUGAGGAUAAAAAGUCAUCUGACAAGGCUGAGGGCACAUUUCUAGAUGAUGUCGAAGAAAUAGAAUCAUUCAAAAUCAGUGAUAGAGAAGGGAUGGAAAGAUCCCCGGACCUCAUAAGUCAAGAUUCAAGCCACGAAAACAUGCCCGAACGAGCAAAAAAUGAUGUCGAAAUAACGACCGGAGCAGUGAAUGUUCUAGACAAGCCUAGCGUUGAUAAUUGCUUUUCAUUUGUAGAAAAAGUUUCCGAGUCAAAAUUAGAAGAAUCAACUGAAGGUGGAGCGACCAACAUGAAAAAUUAGGCUUGCAUUACAAUAUUUUUCGUCUUAAAAAAUGACGCUAUUUCAGAAUUUAGGAAUUUGCAAGCAAGCGCUCUGCACGCGAUCAAAAUAUUCAAAAGAUUUUAUGGUGUUUUAAUGAGAGAUUAAAUUUAAUUAAUUUUAUCUUAUUUUUGGCACCGUAUUAUAGGAGUAUCCCUUGUUAAGUGUAUAAAAUUGGUGCGCGAUAAUUAACUGUGUAAUUGGGUGAGAUUUUUCCUUUUAUAGAUAAUUCGAUUAAUUAUAUUUAUUAGAGGCAAAUUGGGCAUGGCAGGCGAUUGUGUAAUAUAAUCUAUUCACUUCUAAGUAUCUAUAUGAAAGCUGCCUGAACUUAUAAUAUCGCUAUGUAGUAUGUGUAGAUCGUUUGAUCAUGAGCAGAAUUUCUACCAUACAAGAUAGUUCGAAUAACUGCACUUGCUGUUCAUUUGGAGGUUUAGGUUAUAAUAAUGUUAGCUCUAUUUCUAGUAUUGCUAGUUACGCUAGACUAUCGUUUCACGCUCUAGCAUAAUAUCGCUGUACGCACUCGUCUGAAAUUUUGAACAUUUUCUUCUUUGAGCGUUCAAAAUAAAACAGAAAGUGUCUUCUAAGGUUUAGAUGUAAGUACCAUUAAUUGGUUAGAAUAUCUGUCAAUUAUCGAUGAAUUUGACUUAAAUUACUUGUCUGAAGAGGAAACCUGUGAAGGAGAAUAAUUUAACCGUAUAUUAGCUUUAUUGUAUUGAAUGUGCUUACCGAGAUGUUAUCGCUUCCAUCUUGGCCGAUUUAUCCGUAGUCAUUUCACUGGUAGCUUCUAUCUUGUCUAAAGUAACCCUACACUGCGUGUAUAUAAUACGAGGAUAAAAAUACUAGUAGGUUUCAUGUCCUUGUUCUGCAUUGCCAUCUUUACCGCUCUUCAUUUUCUAUAUAUUCAAAUUUAUACACAAUCUCCUUGUGCUUGCUCAGAUUACAUUUUACAUUUACUACCGCAAUCGUGGCCUAGACCGUCACUUAUGUCCUAUUUACACCUUUCUUCGUUACCUUAUUAUUGAUGAACCUGAGUCUUAUAAAUAUUUUUUUCCUAUCUGAAUAGGUUUUUUCCCUGGGCAACACGUAUUUGUUUUAGCGCAACUUUAUCAGGAUAACUUUUCAUUUUCUUUCAUAAUUACAACAUUUUAGGCGUUACAAAGGAAACAACUAUGUCGAUAGUUGAAUGAAUAUACUAUGUUCAACGGAACUAACAUUUGAAUGUAACUACAAUUAUUGAUGGUAAUUCGGAUGACUUCGUAGCACACAUUGUCCUUUUCUCGCUUUUCACACCAGUUUUAUUCUAUCUUAUUUUGAUUUAUUAAAAUAUUGGAUGUUUCAACGUUAUUUACCUAACAACAAGCCUUAUGAUUAAAAGGAUAAUUAUAUAUUGCUUUGCCUCCACACAAUUUUCAACCUUUGUUCAAAUCUCUUGUCACUCGGCAUCGUUUCGAAUAAAUGCUUUCCGUGACCUAG